AUGGAAGACCUGCAUGUGGAGGCGGCCUGUGAUAUAUCAAGGCCGUUGGAUGAUACAUUGCUCGCUAUACCAGCUUUGCACGGUGGUGACCUUGUGGACGAAAAGACACUCCACAUAUCCGAUAUCAAGGGCGGGGAGUGCAUUGAUGGCAAUACAGUCCCCUUCAAACCUACGGAGACGGAGUUGAUGAGCCUCGCCUCAAUCGAGACUCAGCCGCCUCCAAUUUAUAAUCCGUUUGGAUCAAUCUAUGCGAAUGCAGAUUUUUCAUACGACCCUGAUAAGCAGUUUUCUGGGUUAGGCUCGUUCUAUAACGGCUGUUACGGUAUGGACGUAUCCUGGCCGUCCAAUGUAAAUCAAUCGUUAGACGGAAUGGAGUCGUUACAAACUCAGGUAUCAUUGGAUUCGCAGUCAUCGGUAUAUAGCGCCCCAGGCGGUGUUACAACGAAGUUGGAGCCUGAAGCGCUACCUAUAGGAUCAACAUUUACUGAAAUGGGUAAUCAGGAUGCCUUCCAGCAACAGCCGCCAAGCGUGACGCCCGUGCUGCCCGCCAAGGUUGUAGCGGAGAACCCUAUCAUUUUGGUUGAUAAAGUUGAGAGAUCUCUCAUAGUGCAGUGGUACGAGAACGGAGUAAAAAGAGAGCAGCGUAUCUCUUACAAAAAGUAUGGCAACGCAAAGGCGCAGCAAAGGGCUGAGAACCUUAUUACGAAGCUUCUCUCGGGGUCCACUUUCGAACAACUUUAUCCGGAGAAAGGCCCACCAGUCCUUACCAUCUUCGAAAACGUUGGAAGGUUCAACGUCACCCUUACUCGCGAUAGAAGCGUUCGUGAGUGGCGUGUGGAGUGGACCAACAACACCGGCGCCAGCAUGCGUGCACGCUGGUCAUGCAAGAAGGUCGGUAACGAGGAGGCAAAGAGGCGUGCGGAGACGUUUGCCAACAGCCUCAUACAGGGUACGUUCAACCCACGACUUCUACACAAGGCCACCGGCACACGUGUGUCGAGGAAUGAUAUGAAGUUCAGUGCAGUAGUCAAUGAACCGGGGUACGAUCCGAACAACCUUCCGUUUGCAGUAGACUACAUGGAAAAGCUUAAUCGUAAAGAUCCCGCACCCAGAAAGAAGCGCGUUGUGACAAACCCGGCAGCUGGGCGCAAGAGGGCAACGGGUACUACGACACGCAGGAGGAAGGCGGAUGCUGAAAUUAACCCGCCGACUGACCCUGCUGCUAUCCACCACGCGAACAUGCCCCUCAACGUGUCGUUACCUGGGCUGUAUCCCGUAUCUCAGCAUGCCCCCGAAAAUGACUCUGCGCGUAACCACUCUUAUGACGGUAUGAACGCAACGGGUGAGGCUCUUGCUGCGCAGAACUGGCUCACAUGGAGCACCGCAGCGCAGAAGCAUUCAUUCAGUAGCACCUCCGAGUGGGACCUCCGCGAGUUGCAAAAUGACCUCAACAGCUACGGCAAGCCAUAUGAUUACUCGCAACCCAAUUCACUGGGCUAUGGUGACUGGAUGAGCAGCAGCAUGACCAAGUACGGAAGUCCGAGUAUAGACGCCCCCAUGAGCAUGUGCGAACUCGCGGAUGAUGCGCCGACUGAUUCUCAAAACGCGAAUGGACCUUUCGUUGCGUGUUACCCGUAUUUCCCGGCGACUCAGUCCAUCUGCUACAGCGACCCCAUGUCCUCGCAAGAUCAGCUUGGCGUCAGCGGUUCAUUCUUCGACACCGAUUUCUUGUCGGAAUCGCAGAGAACUAACCCGAUGAUGAUGAGCUACAACUCCAUACAGUGGAUGGAUCCGGAUCUGCCUAACACGGACAUCGGAAGCGCGCAACUCAUGACGUCUACGAAUUCGAUCAGUGAUGGCAGCAUACCAAUAAUGUCUGCUCCGGAGAAGCCCAAGAGGGGUAGAAAGAAGAAGAAAUCGCCCGAUUCGGACAUUGCGCCAACUUACGGUUCUGGCGCGGACGUAUCUCGAAUGGGAAUGGCCACAGCGUGGCAGGCCUUCAAUGGCUUCCCAAUGACAACCCUGGCCAUGAGCGGCUCAGGAUCCCCCUCUGAUUUCACCGCGUCGGAGAUGUUCGGCAGUGACGGCGGCUGCAUACGCAUUGGAAUGGGGAAUUCAACGAAUAAGGAUAAUGAUUCCAGCAACCAUGGCAAGGACGCUGCCGGGGUACAGGAGAUGCCAGGAUUCUACGCGGUACCGAGCAUGGGCUCCAAUGGCGGCAUGCAGUCUUCCCAUGGCAUGGGCAGCAUGGGUAAUCUUUACUAUUAA